GUCGAGUAUCGCGUAGAAGAAAAAGAAAUCUGCCGUCUCGCUCUCGUUGUCUCCUCCGCUCCUUGCGCCGCCGCCAAGACGAGUCGCGGCUGAACAGGGGAGCGCCGGGCGGCGAGCUCCAUCUGGCGAGCAGAGCAGAGCAGCGGAGGGGAGGGGAUCCUGGAAUCAGGACAUAGAUGGAUCCAGAGGUGAAGGACUCAAGGCCAUCGAGGUCUCCCGGCGAACCAAAUCUUUUCCUGCAAUGGGGCAGCCGGAAACGACUCCGCUGUGUCAAGACGAGGGACGACGGCUCGCCAUCACCUGCGCGGACCGAUGUUCUUAGGCGCACCAUACCACGAGUGAAUCGCCCGCUUGGCGGUGAUGUUGCCCCGUUUCGUUCGCCGCGGCGCCCGAGCACGCUGAACCGAAGGAAAACCGAGCCAUUUGUGAGCGAUAACAGGCACUCCAUGUCACUCUCGCCAGAGAAGGAUCGAUAUUACUCCACUAGGGGUUCUCCAUUCCCAUUCGAGGGAAAUGGGUUUGAUUUUGGUGGUGGAAUGGAAGAAAAGGGAACCACAGCACUGCCAAGGUUCUUCAUUUCAUUAUCCAACAAGGAGAAAGAAGAGGACUUCAUGGCAAUGAAGGGAUGCAAGCUCCCACAGAGGCCGAAGAAGAGGCCAAAGUUGAUGCAGAAGUGCUUGCUUAUGGUAAGUCCAGGAGCAUGGCUGUCUGAUUUGUCUCAUGAGAGGUAUGAAGUUAGAGAGAAGAAGUGCGCUAGAAAGAGGGCUAGAGGAUUGAAGGCUCUUUGCAAUGAGAGUGAUUCAGAAUAGAAAUACAGAGCGGGAUCAAUUUUUUUUGACUUUUGCUGGAGACAGUUAGGUACAAUGCUGGUUCAUUCAUUAACUAGACAGAUCUGAGCGGCUAAUUUAGAGAGGGAGGAUCACCGGCUCUCCUACUAUCCUUAUUUCACCACCCCUGUAUCUCCAUCCUUUUUUUGUUCAUUCGUUGUUCCAAACAAAUCGUCAUCUAGAACUAAGCCUAUCGACCGAAAUAGUUGUAUAUUAGAUCAUUCCUGAUCUAGCAAGUUUGUAGCUCAGACCUUAAAGGCACCGCGGAGUUUGGUCACCACUGAAGUGAAAGUAAAUGAAAACGAAGAGAGAGAGCUUAAGAUGGAAGGCAGCAAUGCAUGGUCUAUGAGUCUAUCAUGAUUUGGGAUUGAGAAAGAAGAUGGGAGGUUGUUGGGUAUGGUGCAUGGUGCAUUUUGGUGCCUCAAUUGUUGUAACAGUAACACCAAGUUGGGAGGAAGAUUUGAGGCCAGCUGGCCAUUCAAAUAGGUUACUACUGAAUCCCAAAUAUUGUAAUCCUAGUUGAUGUUGAAGAGAACGCCGUGUGCAGGCCAUGCCUGGGCAUGAUCCUGGAUUCAUGGUUAGACUGUUUCUCCUGAAAUAUAUAUCAAAUUCGCAGA